AUGAAGCGAAGGAGCGACGGCCGCGCCUCGUCCAUUGUGUUCAACCUGCGGCACCGGGAGCUGCAGCACGGCUCUCGACCUUAUGGACGUCAUUCAUCUGCAUGUACACCCACAUGGAACUCGUCCACGAUGAACCCGUCCCAACACGUGGAGCUGGAUGCGAAGCGUCCGUUGUUGCAGACUUUGCGAAGCGACAGGCAGGACGUGUACAUGAGUCAUGGCGACACGUACGAGCAUCAGAUUCCUCCUUUCCACGUUGCAUUCAGCGAGAAGCGGAUGCAUGGCACACUGCUUGCGGUCGCCGACGAAGAAGGUUGGGUAAGCUUGUUUGCAACCCACGACAGAAAGCCGAGAAUGCUGCCACCACACCAUCAAGCGUGCGACCACGAGCGACCCGUGUCCAAGUUCUCCGCCCACCAAAACGCCAUUUUCGAUCUCAUCUGGUGCAGCGACGACGCGCACAUUGCCACCGCGUCUGGCGACCAGCAUCUCAGCGUGUGGGACGUAGAGACGUCUGCAAAGUUGUGCCACUUUGAGGGCCACACGAUGAGCGUCAAGUGCGUUCGGCAAAUGCCCGGCAACCCGAACGUGUUUGCGUCUGGGUCGCGGGAUGGCAACGUGUUCUUCUGGGACACGCGGCACCCGUAUCGCGCCGCGGGCUCGUCGACUUCAACUUUGGUGCAGACGUUUCGACCUGUGGAAAGCUGUCUGCGGUGCCACGACUUUUACUCGCCGAGCUCGACCUCGACGGACCGGCGCAAGAAGCGGCGGACGUCCAUCCCCAACGCGCAGCGCAGCGUCACAUGUGUCGAAUUCACGGGCGACGGACACGAGCUCAUCUCGUCCGGCGCGGUCGACGGCAUGGUCAAGUUCUGGGACCUGCGCACGCUCACAUCGGACAACUUGAAACUCACGCGGUCGUUCAGCUGCUUGAACCCGAACGGCCGUCGGUACGGCAUUUCGUCGCUCACGCUCGACCACACCAAGACCAAGCUGCUCGUGAGUGCCGCCAGCAACGACAUAUUCCUCUAUGACCUCCUCCGAUUCGCCUCCACUGACCCCGUCGCCACGUACCACGGCCACAAGAACUCGUCUUUUUACGUCAAAUCCGGGUUUAGCCCAGACAGCAACUUUAUCGUGAGCGGCUCGGUGGACCAAAACGUGUACAUUUGGGACGUCCGUGCCGACGGGGGGGGCGCCCCCGCCGCGGUCCUGCGCGGCCACGAGGGCGAAGUGAGCAGCGUCGCCUGGUGCAAGGCUGACUUUUCCAAGAUCGCGUCGUGCUCGGACGACGGCACGGUGCGCGUGUGGCACAUGGGCCGCGACCAGGAUGCCGACGCGGCGGAAGGGGAAGCGUCGUCGUGCGGACGGGGGUGUGCCUUGGGGCGGGCCAACCCGCUGCCACCACUUUCAUCCCCCGCCAUCCUCCACCCAUCGACUGCUUCGAUAAGUCCCCCUGCAGCAGCAGCCUCCGUAGCUACGACUGCGCCAGCUCAUCAAGGGACAUUGCAUCAUUUCUGGAGUAGGACAAGCUCAGUUUAA